CCUCAUUUGUGGUCGUUACAUAAUCAUCAGGAAUUAUUGUGUCUAGAACAUUUGAGAAGUGGCUGGUGUUGAGCAUCCAGUUAUUAGCAGUCCGAUAAACCAUACAAUGACCACAAACCUGGAAGAAGUCCUGAGGAACACUCUGGACAACCUCACAGGAGCAGAGUUUAAGAGGUUUAAGCACUACCUGCGGGACCAGGGCAGAGUAGCAUGGGGAAAGCUGGAGAAGGCCGACACAGACGACGCCGUGGACUUGAUGGUGGAGGUGUAUGGCACGGACGCGGGGAGCAUCACGCUGACCAUCUUGCGGAAGAUGAACAACCAUCAGUUGACAGAGGACUUGGAGAGAGAUCUAGAGAGAUAUUAUGAUGAAGCACAUGCAGCAACAAGGAAGAAAUCAUCACUAAUACAAAAACUUCAGGAAGAACUGAAAAACAAGUUUUCUAUCUUACAUCAAGAGUCUGGGAAUUACAGUUUACAAGAUACUUAUAUUGAGGUUCAUAUUGAAGAAAGACAUAUGACAGAAGAAAAUAGAACAGGACCAAGCUCUGAAGCUAAGCAAAUCGAGUUGGGGGACAUAUUUGCAGACACAUUUGCCACAAGAGUUUUGACAUUGGGAGCUGCUGGUGUAGGGAAAACUGUUGCAGUGCAGAAGUUUGUCAUGGACUGGGCUGAGAGAAAAACAAAUCAAGACAUAGAUUUUGUUUUUCUUCUUCCAUUCCGAGUGCUGAACUUGAAGAGAAGAAAAAGCUACAGCCUUCUUGAUCUUCUUCUUGUGUUCUACCCUAAACUCGAAGAUUUGAGAAACCUCCCUGAAUUCAGUGAAAGCAAGAUGCUUUUUGUCUUUGACAGUCUCAACGAAAGCCAACUCCAGCUAGACUUUGAUGGGUGUAUUUGUGACCCUUAUGAGAAGUCUUCCGUGGACAUCCUCAUCUCGAGUCUCAUCAAAGGUACCCUCCAACCUUCUGCACUCAUCUGGGUCACAACCAGACCAGCAGCUGCCAGUCUGAUCCCAUGUGAGUACUUCAACAUGAAGACAGAGGUGUGUGGAUUCAAUGACCCCCAGAAAAUUGAGUUCCUCCAGAAGAGUAUCAGGAAUCCAGAAAAGGCCAACAGAGUCAUUGAAUUUGUCAACAACAAAAGAAGCCUUCAUGUCAUGUGUCAGAUACCACUAUUCUGCCACAUUGUAGCCAACGUGCUGGAAGAGAUACUGGAAAAUCAGAGCAAAGAGGAGCCACCAAAAACUUUGACUGAAACAUAUGCAUCAUUCAGUGUUCUUCAGAUAAAAAACCUGAAGAACAAGAGUGCACUGGAAAAAGGACAGCUCCUUAUUAAACUUGGGAAACUGGCAUUUAGACAUCUGGAGAAAGGCACCCUGAUGUUUUAUGAGAAAGAUUUGAAAGUGUGUGAUCUUGAUGUGAAAUCUGGAGCUUUUGAUGCUGGAGUGUUCACAGAGAUCUUGAAAAUGGAAAGUGGCAUAACUGGAGAGAACACCUUUAGCUUUGUGCACCUCAGUGUACAAGAAUUCUUUGCUGCUCUUUAUGUUCUUCAUGAAAGUGGUAAUGGGGAAAAUCCUCUUCUCAAGACUGUGAGUGAGAAGAUCAGCUGGUCGUCCACACCAUCAAGGUCUCACCUUUAUGAGUUUGCUGUGGAAAAGGCCCUGCAGAGCAAGAUUGGACAAUUGGACCUAUUCCUGUGCUUCCUUCUUGGCCUGGCUCCAAUGUUGGAGCCUGAAAUCCAGCCCCCACUGGAUGUAGUGCUGCCACAGUUAGCUACCAGAGAAGUAAGCACUGAGAAAACAGUUCAAUACAUCAAGGAGAAGAUCAAAGAGGACGUCUCACUAGAACGGCUCAUUAAACUCUUCCACUGUUUAAAUGAGCUUGGGGACAGUUCACUGGCAGAGGAGAUCAUUGGGCACAUAAACUCAGUAGAGGAGAAGAACCUGACUCCAGCCCAGUGCUCAGCUCUGGCCUACCUGCUGCUGAUAUCAGCUGAAGACUUGGAGGAGUUUGAUCUGAAGAAAUACCUUAGAUCAGAAACAGGGCUCCACAGAAUGCUCUCUGUAGUCAAAGUUUCUAGGAGAGUUUGGCUAAAUCGGUGUUGCCUAUCUAAAGCAAGCUGUGAACUAUUGGCAUCAGUUCUGCCAGGGAUAGCAUCUCAUGUCAGAGAACUGGAUAUGAGUGACAAUGACUUGCAGGAUGAAGGAGUGGAGCUGCUCUGUGUGGGACUAAGAGAACCACAAUGCAAGCUGGAGACACUGAGGCUAAACCGUUGUCACCUCUCUCAUGAGAGCUGUGAACUGUUGGAGUCUGUUCUGCGAGAAUCGACAUCCCAUCUCAGAGAACUGGACAUGAGUGACAAUGACCUGCAGGAUGAAGGAGUGGAGCUGCUCUGUGUGGGACUAAGAGAACCACAAUGCAAGCUGGAGACACUGAGGCUAAAUCGAUGUCACCUCUCUAAAGCAAGUUGUGAAAUGAUGGCUUCAGUGCUGCAAAGGACUCCUUCCCAUUUCAAAGAACUGGACUUGAGUGAGAAUGACCUGGGGGAUGAAGGAAUAGACCUGCUCUGUGUUGGACUGUGGGAUCCACAUUGCAAGCUGGAAACACUGAGGUUGUCUCUUUGUGUGAUCACACACAAGGGCUGUUCUCUCUUGGCCGCUGCCCUCAAAUCAAACCCUUCCUACCUGAAACAUCUGGACCUCAGCUGCAAUCACCCAGGAGAGUCAGGUGUCAGAGAGCUCACAGAAAGACUGAAUGAUCCCAAUUGUAAACUAGAGACUUUCAAGUAUGACCACGGAGGAGAGUUUAGGAGUAAACCAGGAAUAAGAAAAUAUGCCUGUGAGCUCACACUGGACCCAAACACGGCUGCCAGAGAUCUUUCCUUCUCUGAGGAUAACAGAAGGGUGACACAUGUGACAGAGAAACAGCCAUAUCCUGACCACCCAGACAGAUUUGACUCCUGCUCUCAGGUGCUGUGUGGAGAGGGUUUGUCUGGACGCUGCUAUUGGGAGGCUGAGUGGAGUGGUAAUUAUGUUUCGAUAGGAGUGACAUACAAAAACAAGGGUUGGGUUGGAACCUGCGUUGGAGAUAAUGACAAGUCUUGGACUGUGCGUUUCUCUGGGAGAUUUGUUAGCAUGUUUUCACAUAAUUGUAUUACUAGGGUUAGCACUUCACACGAUGGUUACAUUCACUCUGCCCGCCACAAUAAUGAAGAGACUAAGAUACUUAAUACACCCCCCUGCUACAAAAGAGUAGGAGUGUUCCUGGACUGGCCCGCAGGUACCCUGUCCUUCUACAGCGUCUCCUCCGACACGCUCACUCACCUGCACACGUUCCGCUCCACAUUCACUGAGCCCCUCUAUCCUGGGUUCAGGUGUGAAGAGUCCACAGUGCGCUUGUGUCAGAUCACAUGAUCUACUAAGCCUGCAGAAGCACCAGAGCCUGCAGAAGUGCCUCACAAACAACAGUGUGAUGGCAUUCUGUAGUGAAAUAUACAUAAUACAUAGCCCAAUAAUUAAUUCAAAUGUUGAUAAACACGUUCCUAGGAAUCAAGGAAUUCAAUUAAUUUAAGAUUAUAUUCAUAUUUAAAUGUUUAUAAAAUUGUUAAAGAAUAAAACGAAGGAACCAGAUGUUUUCUCUUCUCUUCUAAGUUUAUGUGUCUGUGUGGGGGGCUAAACGAUUUGCCUGAUUGCUUUUUAGCACACACAUGAUCUGUAACAAGGAUUUCCAUAAUUUAUAUGGAUUAUUUAUGUGUGUAUUGUAUUGCACUGAAAAAUAUCAAAUCUAAUUAAUUCAUUCAUUUGUUGUAUUUUGUGUCUAUUGUGUUGCUUUUCCAAUAUUGUGACA